AUGUGUUCGUGCGUUCCAACUUUGACCGCUUCGUGCCAUCCCGCACAUGAUUGUCUCCGUUUGUCUUCUCUAGGGUGGGCAGCACACCCGGAGCGCCGCCAUCGGGAGCAGCACCGGCUCCAGCUCCAGCACCGGCGCCAGCUCCAGCAGCAGGAAAGACCAGCGGCAGCAGCAACACCGGCAGCAGGAGGAGCGCCGGUGGCUAACGAUGAUGCAUCCGGCAACAUGAUGUUUCCCGGAGAGACAGAGUGGGGAGAUGGGCUCGGCCGCGUUCUCUUCGGUACACCGGCACAGAACAAGGGCAAGAGAAAGAAAGGGCAGCUGGAGUUGGAGCCGCCGGACUUCGCGAUCCCCGAGCUUGGUGGUGGAAGCCAAAGGAAGCGUUACCCUCUGAAGUUCAAGGUGGAUGCGGUGAGGAUCCUGAACAUUCCCGACAAGGCGACAGUGGCAGCGUGGGCCAGGGACGUCGCCAAGACGCACACGGCGGCCGAGCGUGAGGUCAUGAACUGGAUCAAUGAGCUGCGUUUUGAGAGCAUCUCCGCCCGUGUUUCGACGAAGAUGAUCAAGAACAAGGCCGUCGAACUCAACCCGAACUUCUUCGGGGAGAGACCGGCGCCAUCCGAUCUCCAGGGCUCCCUCAAGUACAAGAACAGGCAGAACCAGUGGUCCAGAAGGUUUCUCAGGGUCUACCGCUUUUCUGUGCGAGCUAUUACCCGGCAAGGCCAGAAACUUCCUUCCGGUUGGCCCUUGAUCGCUAUGCAGGCGACCAAGGAGUGGAGGAGGCUGAAGGGCGGGAGGAAGCACGAGCGACGGCGGGGUGGAAGUAGUGCUGGAGUUCCUUCGGGGCCGCGUCUCAAAUUCCCCUUGGAGCAGAUCGGCAACAUGGAUGAAACCCCUACGUGGUUCGAGAACCCGGGGCAGGACACUGUGAACGCCACGGGCGACAAGGAGAUUGCCGUCAAAACCGGCGGCAAGGAGAAGAUGCGCACCACUUCGGUCCUGACGGUGUUCGCCGACAGCAGCAAGCUGCCGCCCUUCCUCAUCUUCAACGGACAGCCCACUCCGAAGGGGAAGUACCCCGCCGCGAACAGCAUCGAGCGCGAGUUCAAGAACUACAAGGACAAGAAGGGCUACGCGUACCCCCGAGGUAUGGCCUACGCCGUGGACCCGAUGACACUCCCAGCGGGUGGCCGCCUGGGCGGCUACCGUCAGCCUGACACGCUUCUGGCGUGGGACGACAAGACCGUCCACAAGACAGACGCGUCUAUCAACGCGAUGGAGGAGUCCAACACGACGAUGUUCCUCAUCCUGGGAGGCUUGACUCCAAAGCUCGAGCCGUGCGAUGGCCUGCCUGACACGCUUCUGGCGUACACCGUCCACAAGACCUACGCGUCUACCAAGGCGAUGGAGGAGUCCAACACGACGAUGUUCCUCAUCCCGGGAGGCCUGACUCCAAAGCUCCAGCCGUGCGAUGGCCUGGUCAACAAGAUCUUCAAGGCAAACAUGUCCAGGCUCUACGACGACCACGUGGCUUCCAAGGACGUCACACGCAACGACAGGGGCUACCUGGAGCCCCCUCCGCGGGGGUUGGUCUCACAGUGGGUCAAGAAGUUGUGGGAUGCCUUGACCGCGGAUGAAACUCGCUCGAGCUGGAGGAAGGCUGGCCUGCUGCUUCCCCUGGACGGGUCGGGAGACGAGGCCUGGGCCAACAAGGAGCUCGGCUCCAACGCCCAGGGGGAGCCCAUCGGAGCGCCAUCGAGCGCUGCGGACAAGGCUGACUCGUCGUCCCGAGGCGAGAACUUGCUGGAGGUGUUGGACAUCGACGAUGAUGACGACACGGGCGUGAUGGUGGUGGACUGGGUCAAGAAGUUGUGGGAUGCCUUGACCGCGGAUGAAACUCGCUCGAGCUGGAGGAAGGCUGGCCUGCUGCUUCCCCUGGACGGGUCGGGAGACGAGGCCUGGGCCAACAAGGAGCUCGGCUCCAACGCCCAGGGGGAGCCCAUCGGAGCGCCAUCGAGCGCUGCGGACAAGGCUGACUCGUCGUCCCGAGGCGAGAACUUGCUGGAGGUGUUGGACAUCGACGAUGAUGACGACACGGGCGUGAUGGUGGUGGACGUGAGCGACGACGAGGGCGAGGAGCUGUGA